AGUUUACCACAACUUCACUUUUUGCAGUUUAGGUGGUUUUGUAACUUUAGUUCGUAUGAUGAAAUGACUGGCGGUACAACUGCUAUUCUAAAAUUUAUUCUAGAAGAAUAAUAGUGCAUUAGGGAAUAUUUUUUAUGAAGUGACAGAAUAAAGUACCAUCACGAAUAAAAUCACCUGGAGAAAAUCGGAUAUGCCUCGUUGCAAAGGAUUUUUUACCAUUCUAUUGUUCUCACUGCUGACGUUCGGAGAAACGAGGACCAUCAUUUUACCUUACAAUUGUGAAUAUUUUGACAUCGUAUUUGUUGUCGAUGGAUCGGGUUCCGUCACCAAAGAAAACUUUGAAAUUAUCCGAGAAUGGUUGAUAUCAACUACGUCCAGCAUUCAUGACAAACUUGGCGAAAAGGCAGAAAUCGGUAUAUUGGAAUAUUCAGGCUAUAGGGUCCAAGAUGGAAAGAAAAAAAAUGCAUUUGAAAUUCCUUUUGGACUUGGAGACUGCACAACGAAAGAAUGCAUGACAGAGAAAAUAUCUAGUAUGAGAUACCUGAAAGGAUCCACACUCACUUAUGCCGCUCUCAAUCGAACCUUGGAGGUUGAAUUUCCACGUUCUCCUCGAGUUAACGUUUCGCAAAAAAGUUUAGUUUUAAUCACCGAUGGAAUGGCUAAUGAUGGGCAGUACCUUUUGGACUGGUAUUACGAAUCAGUCAAGCGUAACGUGACGUCAUUUGUAGUUGGAGUUGGAUCAUACAACUUGACGGAGUUGAAAAUUGUUGCAAAUGGAGGCGUUAGCAUGAAAAACGUCUUCACUGAAAAUACUUACAGAUCGUUACCGCGAAUAUUAUUAUCAUUGGUGGAUAAGUUCUGUGAAGACGUUGAUGAAUGCUUUGAAGGGAAUAUGUGUUUUGAGCAUUCAACUUGCCGUAAUACAAAAGGUAGCUUCGAAUGUGAUUGUCAUGAUGGAUAUGGGAAGAACGAAAACGGAACAUGUGUAGAUAUAAAUGAAUGUCUUCAAAAAGAUAUCUGCAAUCAUAAGCAUACUUGUCUCAAUCAUCCGGGUGGAUAUUCAUGUGGUUGCAGAGAUGGUUAUUUCGACGAAGGAGUCAAGUGUUCGGAAUGCACAUGUACAGAAAUAGAAGGAUACAAUAAAACAUUCUCAUGUUUGUAUAGAAGAUACAAUUGUUCUUACACCGAUUUGGAGACAGGGGUAACCAGAUCUUGCUCAGUGCCGUCCGGGUCUGCAUUUGACGCUCUAUUUGAAAUAAUAGAGAACUGGCAGAAAAGGGCUUCAGCUAUGACAAGUGAAGAGGAAGUCAUAAACGAAGUAAUAAUGAUCAAUGACGCAAUUCAAUGCGCUGCAAUAGCGACUGUUAACUCGUCGCCAUUGAGCGCCAAAAAGUUUGAAGUUGAAAUAUCGUCCAUGGAUAUUGAAAGCGCUGAUCAGAACGAGCUUCAAGCGCCAUUGAAGACAUUCUCUUCAUCUAAACUACACAAUGCUUCCGUGACGGGUAUGGAUGUUGGAAGAAUGAUUGGUAUUCAGUUUGAAGCUCCAAAAGAAUGUGUCGACAUCAUUUUGAAACAGCCUGAAAAUCUUUACUCUGGAAGCACAUUAUCCGAGUAUUACAUUUUCACCGGACGAAAUCCCACCAUAUCAGUAUCCGUAUUUAAUAAAGAAAACUUUACUUACCGAAAGGAUGCACGAGUAACUUUUGACGUUGAUGUAUUGCAAGACUUUACGAAUUCAAGUUUUUUACCAAAAGACGUCCCAGAUCCAAGUUUAGGGCGCGGUUACGUCAGUGACGUUGGGUAUCAGUGUAUGUUUAUCGACACCAUGUCGGAAAAAAUGUCAGCCGAGGGAUGUGAAGCAACGACCUAUGACACUGGGUCAAAGGUUACAUGUGAUUGCAACCACACCACGAUGUUUGCUGUGUUGCUCACGAUGACAGAAGUGAAUGUUCCAAGAGGAGUUAAGAUCCUUACCUACAUCGUUGAGAUUCCGACUGUUAUAUUCCUGAUAAUCACAGUUACAAUCCUUUCGAGUGUGCGAUCUCAAAUCCGAGGUGAUAGGAUCGUUGUUCAAAUAUGUUUAUCGGCAUCUUUACUUGGACUCCAUGUUUUUAAUCUAUUUCACGACUUGGCUUUGAAACAAGAAGUAACAUGUGAAAUCUUAACAGUGGUAAUACACUAUCUUCUAUUGACAUCUGGAAUGUGGAUGCUAAUGGAAGGCCUCACUCUCGUUGCAAAAACACACGACUACGUCCUACAAUACCUAAGUGAAGGAAGACAGCGUAGAUUCGCUAUCGCAAGACACGUAGUCAGUUGGGGGUUGCCACUUUUGAUUGUGUUUAUUACAGCACUUGUUGGAUUUUUAUCAGACUCCUACAUGCAUAAAAGCCCUUUAUUUGUGGAGAAACUGGCAAGGGAGGAACGAUGGGAUCUUCAAGAUGUUAAAAAAUACAAUUAUUGCUGGUUGAGCUCAACAUUAGUUUUAUGGUCGGUGGUAUUACCAAUGGCGAUCAUUAUAAUAUUAAACUGUGCUAUAUUAGUGCGAAUGGGAUUAUUUGUUUUCAAAAUGAGUGCACAAGGAGACAAUUACAAACCUAACAUCUAUAAGGUUGCUGCAGAUUAUUCAGAUUUUGAUCACGCAAAAGCAACGUUUAAAGCUAUUCUGGUUUUGUUACCGGUGCUUGGCGUAUCGUGGACGUUGGCCUUCCUAACAAGUGUCAACAUGCGGAAUUCUUCCGUGUACUUUAUGUACAUAAACGUAAUUCUAAAUGGCUUACAGGGAGUAUUUUUAUUCAUCGUCUACUGCGUGAUUGGAAAAGAAGUUCGAAAAGCACUGGCGAUUAAAUAUAAAAGAAUGGCAGAGACAAGGAAGAGCAGAAGCAUUAAUGAUUCUUACGCGAAGCGCUCAAGUAACAUAAACUCGAAGCAAGCGCCUCGAGCGAGUCCGAACAUAACCAAUAAAACUUGGGCAGACAAGACGAACUCAAGUAGACCAAAAUCAAGCGGUCUAGCACUACCUAGCGAGAAUUUGACAAAAUAUUCACCAAACUUGUCAACAAGGUUUUAAUAAGUUUCUCCAAUGAUGACAAAAAUAAAGUUACCGUUGGGUGAAGUAGCAGAGUUUGCCGCACAUUCAGAUAAUGGUGUAGCUUCAAUUGACGGAAAGCCAUAUCAGUUAAAGCAGUAUUCACAACGACUUUAAUUUCUUUAUUAUGUACUGUGUAGUGUUUUGUAAUAAAAUCGUCUGAUCAAAUGAAAUUUAUUUUCGGGUAAUAAAAAUACGAGCAAGAAA